GCCAAUGAUCACAAGGAACCCGGUCAAAAUGUUCUUGGAAAAAAUUGAGUUUGUUCUUGAUGAACCUUUAAAAUUGUUGUAAGUGUAACGUUUGAUGUGAACCACCCUGUAUGUCUGUUCGAAUAUUCAAACAGCCAUACAAUGCUCAAUUGCCUCUAUCAAGGGAAAUGGUUUGGCUGGUGUAGGGCAUGUUUUGCACAAGCGCUCUUCCUUUUCAGCUACGGGUUUUUAGAGGGCAUCUGGUACCUGGAUAUCCUUCAUAGCGGCAAUGUUCCAAAAACAGGAUCCUCCAAUGAUGACGAAGGCGAUGACGACGACGGUGAUGACCUAGAUGCACGAUCAGACUUGGACGAUGGUCGUCAAAGAUAUCUGGACUUCUUAGACGAUGGAACACGGAACGAGGAUGAGCAUGAAGCAGCACAGCUCAAAAGAUGGGAAAAGAAGCUGCUACAAAGUGAAACUAAAGAACAGAGAGACUACAAAGAAGAAUUCUUUGAACUUCUUAACGAGGUUCUGUUCCUUCAAGGGAAAUCCUCAACUCUUCCCACAGAAGAUCGGAAGAGCUUGCGGGACACAAGUAACAGGUUUCAAGGGAGGAAUUCCUUUACCAGCGCAAUCACGCCCUCUUCGGAGGGAGGUACCAAGAACUCCCUUUCACCCACUUUGUCCUUGGCUAACUGAAUGGUGGGACCAUUGACAACUUCUGAUCGAAUGCCCCCAAUCACUCAUCCAAUCGAAACCUCACCAAGAAAAACAUUUUGAUUUGUACCUCCUAAAGGGGCUUUUCUUCGAUUUGAAAUCCACAAUAGGUAACUCUCAAACAGAUAUCUUUGUCGUUUGGUGGAGAUAAGAUGUUGAAAAUGAUAUCCUAACAUCCGAGAGUUGCAUUGCAAACUUAGAGAUCUGGAUUGACGUUGAUCUGGUCUGUUCCAUUCGAGAUGUUUAUCCCCUCGCCUGGUUUCCUGGACCUUUUAAACAUCAAGGAAGAAAUGGGACGGAAAUCGCGUAAAAAGCUCAUCUCCUUUUUUUCAAAGACAGAUCAACUACUUGAAUGGGUUUUGUUUGUCCCUUAUUUUCUGGUAAUAUCAGCCAAAAAGGAGGCAAUUUAAAUGCUGCAAAGACAUAAAUAAAAAAAACAACCCUUACCCCCUCAAAUUUUACAACGUGAUGCGACAUAUGAAUUUAAAGACUCAUUGGACCUAACUUAAUGUCAAGGUGGUUGGUUCCUAGAAUUAAUCAGGAAUAGAGUGUUUAAAGUGACAAAAUGUUCAUAUCAAACCAACAGCACCUUUUAUGAGCUUUUUACCUGGUUCGUAACUGCAGGUUAAUAUUUUUUUUUAAUGUGUGACAUAUUGAGGAUCUGUAGCACAAAAUCUGGACAAGAAGUUACAGCUUCCUCCCAGAAAUUGAAUCCUUGAAAUUUCUGAAUGAGACAUUUUAUUUUAUGGUAUGAUUCAGCGACGAAUAAAUCCUUUUUUUUUCAGUCAA